UGUAUUUAUGAAUUUAAUUUUUUAUAAUUACUUUAUAUUCAUAGGAAAUAAUUUGAUAAGAAAUAUUCCCAUCUCAAACUGUUUUAAGCUCUGACGGAUUAAAUAUCAUGUAAAAGCUGAACAGGUCCAAAGAAACCCAAUUAGCUCAAAAAUCCAUUUUUGGGCCUGGUUGUCGUCUCGUCUGCUCGCCGUCCUCGUAACUAACCUUCCGUCACGCUACAAAUCCACAAGCGACGGGGCUCGCCGGACUUCAUCGAGUCUGUUCCCUCAAAAGCAGUUUGGUUGCCCAUCUUUUCUCCCGCUUACGAUUCUAUAUGGCAAUGCCUUCGUUGGCCAGUGGCCGCCGCCAAGUAGAUGUGGUUCACAAGAAGAACUUGUUUCACGAUUGUUUUCUUUCAUCCAUCCAUGUUUUUCUGAACGAUAGCGAAUGCAAAUGAUCAUUAAUGUUGGGCGAUUGAACUUAUUUCUAACUAUCCAUAAUCUCAAGUAUUUCAUACAGUUUGCAGCAUUGGAUAACUAAAUUGGGUUUACGUGUGGUCUCCUUCGACUCUAUUUCUCUGUAAUUUAUAACAGUUAGAUAGCGCCUUUAGAAGAACGUUUUUCCCAUGCUUUGUGGUGACCACUCUGGCUUUAAUUUGUUUUAUUCACGCUGAUUACAUAAUGCAUACUAAGCUCUGAGUUAUUUUGAACAAGUUCAACAAUAGGAAAGUAAGGAUUUAGGCUUUGUUUGGGACAGCUUUUGGCCACAGCUUUUUCGUUGCUUCCAAAAAGUUUUUGUUAUAGAAAGAUGCUGUUGAAAGCGGUAAGAAAACUAUCCUAAAUAAAGCCUUAAAAUUUAAGCUUUGUUAUCAGUCAAAGGAAGUUUGCAUGCAGAUCUUACAUGAACAAUGGUCACACUAAUCGGUUGCUACUACUUCCUGUUAUUUGUCAUCAUAUGGUGGCCAUGCCGAGCAUGAAAGAGAUGGAAUGUAAGGGUGGAGUCUUUGAGAACAAAAAGUAAUACUACUUCUCUACUUACUGUGAGGUGUGAUAAAAAGCUUAAUGACUUAGAUGUCCAGUUCAAAUUGAAAGAACUGAACUUAUUUACCUCUGGUCAUUUGUUGGAGAUACAUGAAAGGGGAUUAGCAGACUUUCAAAAGUUCAAACUAUCAUAAAUAACCAUGGAAGAUGCAACACCAUCUAAUUUCAGAAAUCUAGGUCCUUGUGUUGAAUCACGAAGAGCAUAGAGAAUGAGUCUUCCAGUGAAAGCUUUUACAAUUAUGAGUUGACACAUUAGUUUAAAUAAGAGAUGCUUUUGGGAAGAAUCACACAGCGGCUGCAGUUAUCUCACAUAAUGAUGACGGUAUUGCAAUUUCAAAUCAACUCGGCUCCAUUCUGCUGCCAAAAGAGAAUAUUCCUUAGUAAAGUUAUAAGCGGGUACAUGGAAAACGAGGAAGGUGAGGAAGAGGGAGAGAAACCUUACAAGGAUGUUCCAAGGCCUGGGAAGAAAGGGGAGAGAAAGCCAUAUGCAACCCCCAUGAAAGAGCUUAUCCGCAGGGCAAAGGAAAAGAAGAAAGCAAGACAAGAAAACCCUUGUCAGAUCCUUGAACAUGCUCCAGAGAAUGGCCUCCUUGUUCCCGAACUCAUUGAAGUGGCCCAUCAAGUCCAUCUUGACAGGAGUUCACUGCUACAUGGCCUUUCCAAGCUCGUUGAAGGUGAUCCAGCAAUCCCAAUCCAUAGAUGCAGGUUUUGUCCCGAAUUGCAUGUUGGCUGGCAUGGUCAUGAAAUAAGGUCUUGUGAAGGCCCUGGCAGUGGUUCUAGGAACUCUUACCAUGUAUGGAGAAGAGGAGGGGUUAAAGAUAUUGUUGGAUUUGCGUAUUGUUACCACCUUUUUGAUAGAGUGGGAAAGCCAAGAGUAGGGCACAAGGAGAGGCUCGAUGUUCCAAAGCUUCCAGCCAUAUUGGAACUGUGUAUCCAAGCAGGUCUUAACCUUGAUGAUUACCCAACCAAAAGAAGAAUCGCACCUGUGUACUCAAUUGACGGAAGGAUUGUUGACUUUGAGACGCAUAAAGAGGACGAUUCCAUUACAGAUCAUCUACUUGUCCCAGUAAGUUUUAUAGACUCUAUUUCCGAAGAGGAAGAGAAUAUGAAUUUAAAUGAAUUGGCUAUGAAAACAUUAAGAUCUUGGUUUGAUUUGAGAAUAGGGGCAAGUAAGCUAAUGAAGAAGUACAAUGUUGUAACAUGUGGAUACUGCCCUGAAGUUCAGGUUGGACCAAAGGGACACAAGGUGAGGAUGUGCAAAGCUGCAAAGCAUCAGUUUCGAGAUGGACAACAUGCAUGGCAGGAAGCCACUAUUGAUGAUUUGAUCAAGCCAAACUUUGUGUGGCAUGUAAAAAACCCAAAAGGUCCCCCAUUGGCCAAUGUGCUCAAGAGGUACUAUGGGAAGGCACCUGCUGUGGUGGAGCUCUGUGUGCAAGCCGGUGCACCUAUCCCCAAAGAGUGUAGUAGUAUGAUGAGAUUGGAUGUUGUUCUCCCUGAUCUUGAUGAGUAUGAUCUUGUUUCCUGAUAGAAUGCAUUGUUUCCCCUAUCCGAAGGCAAUGUGUAUCCUACCCCAAAUCAUUUUGAACUGUGGACUUUUUAUGAAGAUAGAGCUCUCAGUGAUCACAAAUUGACCGUCCCUGUAACAUCCUAUAAUCCUUUCAACUGAUUGAAAUAAUUACUUUUAUGGUUGGACGUGCGUUUUAAGCUAUACAGGCAAGCAAACUAUGAAAGAAUCAUGGCCUUCAGACGACUGCUAGUCUUGAAAACGGUAAGUGCCCACUGUAUUGAAAAAAAUUGAAUACAAAUAUAUACAAAAUUGAACCUAUGGUAUUUAGAAAGUCGAUUCUUUGAAAAUUUUGACAGAUGCAACCAAAUUAUUCUGAUGCAUGCAUGGUGCCAUAUCCCAUGUCUCAAGAUAAGCUAGAUGGAAACAUCAAACAUGUCAUGUAACCAAGGUACCUGGGAUAUUCUUGGAUGUAUGAAGUGUCAAGCACCUUACAUCAAUGAAAUAAAAAGUAACAUUACGUUGAUAUCA